AAUCUACUUGAGUUCCUUCAGAACUAUUGAACAGUGAACUAAUAAUAGUAAUAAAAUAAUACAAGUAUAUAAUAACAAGCAGCAACAUGUUGUUUAAGAGCUUGCUCUCUCCGUGCGCUCGAGCUCGCUCUUUCUCACUCCUCAUCCACUCCAGGUCCAUCUCUGCGAUGAAGAGCAGAGCUAAUUUAGAGAUGGAUCGUGGAAAUUUGAAUUUAAUUCCUCCGAGAAAACACACUGCUACAAUUCGACUAUCCAAUGUCUCAGGGCGUCAGGCGGAUUUACUGGAAAUUUAUGCGAAAAAUCCUACGUUGCACGUUCUGUUCAUUCCUGGAAAUCCAGGGGUCAUAUCAUUUUAUACCGACUUUCUUGAGUCAUUGUAUGAGUUGCUUGGAGGAACUGCAUCAAUUACAGCUAUUGGACAGAUAGCACAGACGAAAAGGAAUUUGGAGCGUGGAAGGUUAUAUUCAUUGGAGGAGCAAAUUGAACAUAAGUUGGAUUUCAUCAAGCAGGAACUUAACAACAUUGAAGUCCCUAUAGUACUGAUUGCACACUCCAUUGGAUGUUAUAUAUCUAUCGAGCUACUAAGAAGAUCUUCAGCCAAGGUGAUAUAUUGCAUUGAGCUGUAUCCAUUUCUUGAGAUAAACAAAAGAUCUUCCCAGCAAUCUGUCAUUCGAAAAGUUGCAGCAUCUCCAUUUUUGUGUGCUACACUUAGUUCUAUUGUGGCAUUGUUGGGAUUACUGCCUGCUAACGUCACCAGAUAUUUGGUGCGAAAUAGCGUCGGAAAGUCAUGGUCUUCUACUGCUGUUGAUGCUCUCUGCGACAAUCUUCUUCAGUAUAAUGUUAUGCAAAACGUCUUUUUCAUGGCAAGAACAGAGUUCAUAAAGCUGUUAGAGCCACCAGACUGGGCGUUCCUGAGGGAUAAACGAAAUCAAAUUGCAUUUUUAUUUGGAGAUGAUGAUCACUGGGGACCACUGGAAAUGUCUGAAGAGAUUGCAAAGCAAGUCCCAAAUGCUCAUCUAGUAAUUGAGCGGGAAGGCCACACUCACGCUUUCUCCUGUACAGAGAAGGGUUCGGUAUGGGUUGCUCAACAUGUAGCUAGAUUGAUCAAGAAACAAAUAUCAAAUUAAGGUCCAUCAGGUAAACGUUCUAUGCCUAGAUAGCAAUUCGCCAGAAUUUAUGUAAUGAAGACUAAUUUUAUUAGACGGGAGCACACCGCAACUCUAAAUUGCUGGUUUCAAAGUUACCUUAGAAUCUAAUUUAUCGAUGUCAUUUAAAGGAUUUCUAUUUUCAUAAAAUAAAAAGAAAUUUGUGUUCAGUUA